CUCUCAUAUCAUCUCAUCUCAUCUCAUCUCAUCUCAUUUUAUCUUAGAUGGAUUCUUACAGCUUGGGUGUGGUCUUCUUUGCCUGUAUCACCACCUUCGAGCCCGCAGCUGGUGCGGACUAUUUGCAGAAGAAGGAAAAAGACUCAUCCAUCUCAUUUGAACAUGACGUACUGUUGAACAUGCUUCUGUGGGAAGAUCCAAAAAUCAGACAAAGCCCCCGGGACAUCGUCUUUAUGGAUCAGCAUCUCGACAAACAUGAUCCGAGGUCAGCUGUCAACCACCACAUGCCCACUGUUCCUGUUGGUGUCGACGACAAUGAUGAGGACGAGGAUGUGGACGUUUUCUCUGUUGAUGAUCGACGGAGUUAACGAUGUUGAAGAGGGAGAGAAUGAUAAUGCGCGUCUUUUCGAUCGCAUCACACGUGAAAAGUCCAGUAUCUGUACAUUAUUAACAUUAUUAUGCUGGGCCGGGAGGACAUCAGAGCUGCGCACUUACGAGAAAAAGCUCUCAGAGCAGCGCACUUAAAAAAAAAAAAUUAAAAUUUUUUAAAAUACUAUAUCGAUACAAUUAGAUUGUCAAUUACCAAAACCAGUACCACCCAACAAUGUAAGUACCCCCAGCGUUUUACUGGGCUUGGGGCCAGAUAUCAAUUCGGUUUUGUAUUGAAUGAAUAGGAUUUUCAGGUAUAAAAUCAUAUCUACAGGAAAGGGGGGGAUCUUUAAACUUUUGGGCCAGAAUUUUCUUGGUCAUUCCGGAUAAAAAUUGAAGUUGUGAGUCUUGUCCAUCCGCGUACAUUUGCUUGUUACACAUUCUCCCUUCUUUCUUGGUAGUGCCUUUCUGUUUGGUCUGUGUUUUUAGUUUCAGCUUAGAAAUGGCCCCGAAGUCGUUUAACGUCUACAGAAAGACGAACAUAUUUGAAUGGGGGCUGUACAGAGUAAUUUUGUCAAAGGGAACUGUAACCGUUGGAUGGAAUCGGCAAUCUGGUUGUAUCGACAUUGUAAAAAAGUGCGUGGCUCUGUUUGUGCACGGCUUUGAUAGUUUUAUCUAAAAAAUGCGCCGCUCUGAUAGUUUCCACCUGAACUGUCCUGCUCACUUCUUCUGUCGGUCCGUGGGGCUUUCUCCUGUAGCAUGAUUGGGCUGGGUGCCCACGGUUCUGGUCUCUGGGCCGCUAUGAAGUGUGGUAUAGUCACGAUGCUGUGGGAUGAUCGAUACUGAUGAUAAAAGUGCUGAUGUCUUCGUUUUUGAUUGAAUAAAAUUGAUGUUGUAAAACCGCAA